AUGGCAGCCAGCGUUGGGCUUGAACCAAAGCCAGAAGGUGAGAGAGGAGUGGAGUCCCUCCCCAUGCUCGGAGUGGUGGGGGGGUGGUGGCAGCCAGCGUUGGGCUUGAACCAAGGCCAGAAGUCUAUACUCUGCUCUCUCUGUAGGUCUCCACAUUACGCCUGUCCAGAGGUCAUCAGGGGAGAGAAGUACGAUGGGCGGCGGGCGGACGUGUGGAGCUGUGGUGUCAUCCUCUUUGCUCUUCUGGUGGGUGCGCUGCCCUUCGACGACGACAACCUUCGGCAGCUGCUGGAGAAGGUGAAGCGAGGGGUCUUCCACAUGCCUCACUUCAUUCCCCCCGACUGCCAGGGCCUGCUGCGGGGCAUGAUCGAGGUGGACGCAGAGAAACGCCUGUCGCUGGAACAGAUUCAGAAGCACUCCUGGUAUCAAGGAGGCAGGAAUGAGCCGGAACCAGAGCAGCCCAUCGCUCGGAAAGUGAUGAUCUGUCGGCUCCAGUCGGUGAGCGACAUCGACCCCGACGUUCUGGACAGCAUGAACUCCCUUGGCUGCUUUCGAGACAAGAACAAGCUGAAGCAAGACCUGCUGUUUGAGGAGGAAAACCAGGAGAAAAUGAUCUACUUCCUGUUGCUUGAUCGGAAAGAGCGAUAUCCGAGCUGUGAGGACGAGGAUCUGCCUCCACACAACGACAUUGACCCUCCCAGGAAGCGGGUCGACUCACCCAUGCUGAACCGACACGGCAAACGUCGGCCCGAGAGGAAAUCGAUGGAGGUUCUGAGCGUGACGGACGGCGGGUCCCCAGUACCUGCGCGCCGAGCUGUCGACGUGGUCCAGCACAGUCAGCGGUCUCGCUCGGUCAGUGGAGCAUCUUGUGGACUGUCCUCCAGCCCGCUCAGCAGCCCCAGGGUGACCCCUCACCCCUCCCCUAGAGGCAGUCCCCUCCCCACCCCGCUGGGAACCCCCGUCCACACGCCAAAGGAGAGCCCCAGCAGUACGCCCAACGCCACGCCACCCUCCAGCCCGGGGGUCGGAGGAGUGCCCUGGAGGACCCGCCUCAACUCCAUCAAGAACAGCUUCCUAGGCUCGCCGCGGUUCCAUCGGAGGAAGUUGCAAGUUCCAACAGAGGAAAUGUCGAGUCUGACGCCGGAAUCAUCUCCAGAACUUGCCAAGAAAUCAUGGUUUGGAAACUUCAUUAACUUGGACAAAGAGGAACAAAUAUUUGUCGUCAUCAGGGACAAACCUCUGAGCUCCAUCAAAGCAGACAUUGUUCACGCCUUCCUCUCGAUUCCCAGUUUGAGUCACAGUGUUAUUUCACAAACCAGCUUCCGUGCUGAGUACAAAUCAGUAGGAGGCCCAACUGUCUUCCAGAAACCGGUUAAGUUCCAGGUGGACAUCACAUAUGCAGAAGGAACUGAGGCACAGAAAGAAAAUGGGAUUUAUUCCGUCACUUUUACAUUAAUGUCAGGGCCCAGCCGCAGGUUUAAGAGAGUUGUGGAAACUAUUCAAGCACAGUUGUUAAGUGCUCAUGACCAGCCUUUGGUUCAAGCACUUGCAGAUGAGAAAAACGGGCAGUUUAGCCACCUUUCAGGGACACCGAUCCGAGGAGCCCAGAGCAUGCCCAGGGCAUGGAAUGAUUCAGAGUCUGUGGAACACUUCAGGCGAGGAGAUUCCAAGCACUCGUCAUCCUUGAAGGAGAAACCUAAGCUCUUAUCUUCCAAUGGCACCCAAAGUCAACCGUAAACUGAUGUAGCAAAAAUCUGACAAACUUUCUUGGGGGAGAAAAAAAGAGACAUCUCAUGUUGUCUUUGAGGAUGUAAAUAUCUUUAAACAAGAAGAGAAAUGGAGCUGGAUUCAACCUCUAUAGUCCCAUCUCAUCUUAUUAUUUAAGGAUUGUAUGGGCCACUGCUUUAGGGAUGGGACCCAGGCAUUCUGAGUUGAUCCACCCAUUACAUUUGAGUCUGCUUCUGGAAAUUAUGGGACUGGUGUCCUUGCCAGGAUAAUGUGGGAUUGAGGGUCAUGUAUUCCCAGCAGGGUUAUGAGGGGGGAUAUCUGCUCACCCAAAAUCUAGCCACAAAAUUUACAAAAUCCUUUCCCUCCGUGCAUCGAACUCAUUGCGGCCAAAUGGAGCAAACUGGCUUGGGACGAGUCAAAGGGAAGGCAAGAAUGCUUCUGUUCAUUAGCAACGCUGCAAAAUGAUGGGACCAAUCCUGUUUUAUGCAAAUACCUGCCUGUCGUGACAUAGAGCAGCAGGCUUCUAUAGUAACGCACAGGAACCUGGGGCCAUGAAGCAAGCACAAACCAUCAACUGAACUGUUAAAGCGAAUGGCUUCAAAAGGGCAAGGAAAUAAAACAGCUGCUGUUCUGAAAAUGUGUGAGACAUCUCCAGUGUUAACCACCUCCUCCAUUCCCUGCCUUGGAAAGGUAGAGAAGCCCACUUUCAGAUAUGGUCGUUUAACUUCCAGAAGGAUUGUUUUAAACUUUCUGCUAUACAUCUGACACAGCUCUGGAUGAAGUUUCCUAUUAAAACUGGCCCCGAGGGAAGCAGAGUUGACUAAGAAUCAAUUAGUGCAGUUCUGAAUUCUGGAUGGCAGGCUGGAAACCCAGGCUAACCUCUGAUUUACAUUUUAAGAGCAGAAUCCAACUGCCUGGGCUGGAAAAGUCUGACUGGUGCAGCCCGUCAAACCACAAGCUGGUGGAACGAUGGACUAGUCCAACUUUUUCCAAUAACCUGCUUCCAAAAGGUUCUCUCUCUCACACACACACAGUUUUCCCUUGAAGUCAUGGGUGCACAACAUAAGAGAAAGGAACAGACAAGAUCAUGGCCAAAGACAGUGGUUUAAGUUUAGCUUUUCUGCUAAAAAUUGCCAUAUUUUAUACUCCAACCGAUUUUCCUCUUCACUAUAUUCAAAGAACAACAUUUUUGAAAGAGUUGCUAAAAGAGAAACAUCGAUAGAGAGAAGAUGAUGAUUUUGGACUAAUGAUGAGUCAGGCACGUGGAACUAGAAAUAGUCACUCCUGACUACGUCUAUCUGUAUCUGGCCCUGGAAACAGUAAACGUUGACAUUCAGAUAACAGCAAGAGCAUCAACAUACACUCAGUGGCUGCUUUAUUAGGUAAAGGAAUGGACCUGAUGUGGUUUUCUGCUGCUGUAGCACACCGCUGUUCUAACAUGUGGUUAUUUGAGUUACUGUUGCCUUCCUGUCAGUUUGAACCAGUCUGGCCAUUUUCCUCUGACAACUCAUUAACAAGGCAUUUUUGCCCACAGAACUGCUGCUCACUGGACUGUUUUUGUUUUUUGCACCAUUCUCUGUAAACUCUAGAGACUGUUGUGUGUGAAAAUCCCAGAUCAUCAGCAGUUUCUGAAAUACACAAACCACCCUGUCUGGCACCAACAAUCAUUCCAUGGUCAAAGUCAAUUUGAUCACAUUUUUUCCUCAUUCUGAUGUUUGGUCUAAAUAAUAACUGAAUCUCUUGACCAUGCCUGCAUGCUUUUGUGCAUUGAGUUGCUACCACACAAUUAGCUGAUUAGAUAUUUGCAUUAAUGAGCAGGUGUAUAGGUGCACCUAAUAAAAUGGCCACUGGUUUGAUGAGCUGAGACACCCUGGCACACUUUGAUAUUUCAUAACUAUUUGCAAGUUAUGUGGAUUGCAGAGUUAAGAAAUUUUUCCUUAUCCAUCCCAACCAAAAGAAUCUGUUACCAUUGUAACUUGUGGUAAAGAUUAUCUUGAAAGAAACCUUUGGUUCAAUACCAAGUAUAGUUUGCUGAUUGAACACAAAGCCAUAGAGAGAAAGUUCAUACCAGUUGAAAGUUGUACAACACCUCAUAUUUCACUUGCUGUAAGAGAGUUACAUUAGCUGCAUAUAGAGCACAAAUUCAUUCCCCUGCUCCACAACCUCAGCCUUUAUUGCCUUGCCUUUAUUGAGGGAUGGGGGAGACAGGAGGUCACUGGGAUUGCAACCAAGAGGACUUUCCCCAGUCAGACCCACAUUUUGCAAUUUAAAUGCAGAAUACUUUCCCAUUCUAGCUGAAUUCUCAGAAUGUUGGAACAGACCAGGGAAGCAGAGCUCGUUUGGCAGCUUUGAAAUUCCAUGGGUUUCUCUGAACUACUGUCUUCCCCAUCCCCCAGGGUUUCCAGUGGGUGGGUUGUUGUGGGAAGCUCCAAAAUUGGCCCUCCUAAGGAACACAGUCCUUUCAGUUGGAAGCCAAUCAGUUCAUCCUCCAAUGCUAAGGUAACAGCUCAUAACUGGAUCCCUGAGGGAAGAUUACCUGGCCUAUCGAAGCUCAUCUCUCCAUCCCUACUUGCAUUCCCACCACUGCCUUGUGUCCAUACUUCCUUUAGGCCCAAAGUGGAUUGUCUGGUUGCCUUGGGUUGCUUCUUACCCCUCCCCAACUCCACACUGCCAUUCAUUCUGUCCCUCUGUCUUUUGCAUUGACUGAGGUAUCUGGGGAUUAGAGAAACUGCACAGCAAGCUCACCCACCCCCCCACAAACGGCAGAGUUAGGUGAUGUGUUUUACUUAUGACAGGGGAAGAUUAAACCCAAGCUUUGAUACUCCCCAUGUGGAUCUGCCACCAGUAUUUUUUUAAUACCCCUUCCUGAUUAUAGUUCUGUCUGUUGAACACCUGUGUGUACACAAUGUCUGUGUGCAUGUGUGCGUGCGUAAGUUAAUAAUAUGCAGUAAAGCUGAAUAUGCUGUGCCAUUUGUUUCAGAAAUUAUUACACAGCAUAACAUUCAAAGAAUUAAUAGUUUGCACCAGAUGAUUUUAAAAGCAGCAGGGCGCUAAAUGCAUUUCUCCUCCACCCACCGGUGAUUUUUUUCCUUUGAUUCCAUCAAUAUAAUACUUCAUCAACUGAACAAACCUGUAAAUUUGUAUAUGAAUUUAGUGGGCUAGAUUAAAUUAACAAAUAAAGUCAUAUACGAGAAUUGCCAGUCUAACUUUAUGAUUUUAUUAUAUGCAAAUCUCAAACUGCACAAAUUUAAAUAAAUUUGCAAAGCAGUAACACACAAACUGCU